AUUCUGCUUUCACAUGCUUAUGUAUUUGUUUGACGAGAAGUGUGUGCUCUUUCCGAAACUCUUGUCGUUGACGUCACUGAAGCAUAAUAUAAUCUAUGAGUUCAUCCCGGAAGAUAAAGACAACAUGCUUCCCGUGGACUUUGUGGGUACACACUGGGUUGAACAAAGCGUAUGCUAUUUACCCACGUACGUUCCUCUGGUGUCCGGGAUCUUCGGUUUGGUGUGGACGACAAUGUUUCUUAUGUGCUCCUCCGGGAGUAGACUGCUGACCGGAUUGCAAAGACCAUGGCGAAUUCUACCAUCAGUUUUCUUGUUCUCGUUGGCAAUGGGAGGCCUCUGCGUGUAUACUUCCGUCGUAACUCACUAUGGACUGCAAGAUCUGUGUGUCAAGCUCAGUGAAAUAACGGGCAGCACCUCUUGCACGUACUCAGUGAACGUAGCCACUCUGGCAUAUGAACGCCGCAUCCGGGGAGUAUAUCAGGCCACCAGGCUAACCAUUAUCUCGGCAUGGCUACACACUGGCUGUUGGCUUCUGUCGGCGUUGCUCACCUUGCUGAGGAUUCUUCUAGCAGUUGACUUCCAACUGGUACGAGUUAGUGCAAGCCUCAACGGGAAUAUUGAGAGAUUUCUGGUGAGAAUCGUUUAAUGAAUUUGCAAAAUACAGAGCCUCUGCUCGUCUUAUGACAUUUCUCACAAAAAACCUAUUGGUAAAUGUUCACCACUUGCGCCUACUUACAACACCAGAGGAUAAACUAAAUCGUUGCUG